CCCUUAUUUUACUGCAGCACCUGGACAGGUGGAGCAUAUUCUCCAUCUUGGUGCCACAGUGCCCUGUCCCCAGCAUCUGCCCACACCUGGAAGGAGCCAAAUAUGAGGGAAGUGAGGGAAAAACGGAGGAAAGACUCAAAAAUGAGGAAGAGCAGCCAAAAAAUGACUGGAAAUUUCAAAAAAAUUACAGAAAAGACCAAAUGAUUCCAUAAUGGCCUGAGCUGGCUGCAUCCUGGCACCCUCAGGCAGGAGCAUCCCCUGCCCUGGUGGCAUUUGUGCCAUGCCACAGCCAUGCAGUGCCAGGCAAAGCCGUUCCAGGCAGCCCUGUGGCCACCCUGCCAGCUGGGUUUCUGUUCCCUGUUUCCCCUGGGGUGCUGCUGCUGAAAGGGAAGUGCUGCUCAGUGGGGUGAGCACGGCACCCACAGAUGCGCCAAGAGCUGGCACAGCAGUGGUGCCAGCACCCUGGAGCACCCCAGCAGGUGCUGUGGAGGGGCCACGCCAGCAGAGAGGACACUGAGGGGUGGGAACGCCGCCAUGGCCAACCUGACAGCCGUGAGCACCGGGAGGAACUCGUGCACCUACCACGAGGAGUUCAAGCAGGUCCUGCUGCCCCUGGUGUACUCGGUGGUGUUCGUGCUGGGGCUGCCCCUGAACGCCGUGGUCAUCGGGCAGAUCUGGCUGGCGCGGAAGGCGCUGAGCCGCACCACCAUCUACAUGCUCAACCUGGCCGUGGCUGACCUGCUCUACGUCUGCUCCCUGCCCCUCCUCAUCUACAACUACACGCAGAAGGACUACUGGCCCUUCGGCGACUUCACCUGCAAAUUCGUGCGCUUCCAGUUCUACACCAACCUGCACAGCAGCAUCUUCUUCCUCACCUGCAUCAGCGUCCAGCGCUACCUGGGCAUCUGCCACCCCCUGGCCUCGUGGCACAAGAAGAAGGGCAAGAAGCUGACGUGGCUGGUGUGCGCAGCCGUGUGGUUCAUCGUCAUCGCCCAGUGCCUGCCCACCUUCGUGUUCGCCUCCACGGGCACGCAGAGGAACCGCACGGUGUGCUACGACCUCAGCCCGCCCGACCGCUCCGCCGCCUACUUCCCCUACGGCAUCACCCUCACCUUCACCGGCUUCCUGCUGCCCUUCGCGGCCAUCCUGGCCUGCUACUGCAGCAUGGCCCGCAUCCUGUGCCAGAAGGACGAGCUGAUCGGCCUGGCCGUGCACAAGAGGAAGGACAAAGCCGUGCGGAUGAUCAUCAUCGUGGUCAUCGUCUUCUCCAUCAGCUUCUUCCCCUUCCACCUCACCAAGACCAUCUACCUGAUCGUCCGCUCCUCGCCCACCCUGCCCUGCCCGUCCCUGCAGGCCUUUGCCAUCGCCUACAAGUGCACGCGGCCCUUCGCCAGCAUGAACAGCGUCCUCGACCCCAUCCUCUUCUACUUCACCCAGCGCAAGUUCCGGGAGAGCACCCGCUACCUGCUGGACAAGAUGAGCUCCAAGUGGCGGCACGACCACUGCAUCACCUACGGCUCCUAGGCGGGCACGAGGCCACGGGGCAGUUUCGGCUCUAAGCUCCAAGGAGCAGAGAUGGCUUCACUGGGGACGUGCUGGAGGAGAGGAGGAUGGCAUCUCCCAAGCUUUCAGCACUUCCAGCCCAUCUCCAGCCCGCAGUGCUGCAGUAUUAGCCCCAUCACAGUGUCCUGUCCCUGGCUCGGAGCACCCCUGGACAGGCUGGGAACAGGGAAAGGGGGCGCCAGGGCAACUGGAACAUCCAUGCUGGAUUUCCCACUGAAGCCACGACCAUGGGCUGGGUUAGGCACAAGGCAGCAGCACUGUCACCUGCCUGAGGACCUUCAUCUGAGUCCUGCUCCCUGCUUAGCCCAGCACCCCAAAUCUGACCCAUCCUGGUGUCAGUGGUGCCCUGCUGUCACCUCCUAACCAGGAUCCACCAUGAUCAGAGCCAGCAUGUGUGGACACAAUACAUGGAGUUGGAAGAUCCAUGUCACUCAGUGUCCUGGCCACAUCAGCAUACAUCCCACAGCUGGCUUGGCCUUUCCACAGGGCUGGGGAUUGAGCUUUGCUCCCACAGCCUCCAUUGGGAUGCUGCUCUCUCCCAGUGAGGAGGGAUUUGCCAGGUGGAUGCAGCACUCAUCGCUCUGCGAGUCUUCUCUAACGUAUAGGAUGUAUAGAAUUAACUCCCUGCUCUUUCUCAGAUGGGUGUAUACACCCACUGUAUGUACAGACAUAGAAUAUAUCUGAGCUGAGGGAGGCUUGUGGCCCAGCACAGGCUCUGCAGUGCAGAAAUUCUCUGCCUGAACACAAUAUAUGUAUCUAU